CUGUUAGCAGAGUGAGUUAGCUUCGUUGUGUCUUCUGAGCUGAUUGUUUGCCUCUGCAAAAACAAUGUCUUCAUCUCAGUCUCUGAGAGAGUUUAUCAGGGAGCGACUGACUGCUGCUGCUGAAGAAAUAUUCACAGAGUUUGAUAAAACCAUCGUUCACUACGAGGAAGAGCUGGAUCGUCAGCGCAGACUGCUGGAAAUCUGCUGGAAACCCCAAAUAAACCUGCAGAGAAUAGUCCUCCCACAGCAUUAUGUUUGGAAGGAUGAAGAGGUUCCUAGUGACCAUCAGUCCUGCAGCCAAGAGAGUAACUCCAGUUUGGACCAAGAGGAGCCACAACCUUUUUGCAUAAAGGAGCAGCUUGGGAAAACCAAACCUCAACAGAUUAAACGGGACCGGGCCGAACUAGAACCUCCACAAAUAAAGGAGGAACAGGAGGAACCAGAACCACCAACGAUAAAGAAUGAAAAGGAGGAAGAAAAUAAGAGCUUUCAGCAAACGAGAGGUGACAUUGAGGAUGUGGACAAUACAGAAGCAGAAAGCCAGGAGGCAACACUCACAAAUGACAGCAUUUCAGCUUGUAAAGUGUGUAGUGAAAGUUUUGAUAAGAGUUAUUUGACUGAUCACAUGAGAAUUCAUACAGGUGAGAAGCCCUUCUCAUGUGUGACUUGUGGAAAAGGUUUUACACUCCAGGCCACCUUGAAGCUUCACAUAAGAACGCACACAGGUGAGAAGCCUUUCUCAUGUUUGACCUGUGGAAAAAAGUUCAGCGAUAGAGCGAGAUUAUAUCGGCACACAAGAACCCACACAUGUGCGAAGCCUUUCUCAUGUGUGACCUGUGGAAAACAUUUCAGGUAUAGAACAGAGCUAUACAGGCACACAAUAACUCAUACAGGUGAGAAGCCUUUUACCUGUAUGACAUGUGGAAAAUGUUUUAAUCGCAGAAGUAAUCUAACUGUCCACAUGAAAACUCACACAGGUGAUAAACCCUUCUCAUGUUUGACCUGUGGAAAAAGUUUCAGCAAUAGAACAGUUUUAUACCGACACACAAUUACUCAUACAGAUGAGAAGCCUUUUACCUGUAUGACAUGUGGAAAAUGUUUUAAUCGCAAAAGUAGCUUAACUGAUCACAUGAAAACUCACACAGGGGAGAAACCUUUCUCAUGUUUGACUUGUGGAAAAAAUUUCAGAGCAAAAGGAAAUUUGUCUCAGCACUUAAGAACACAUACCGGUGAGAAGCCUUUCUCAUGUUUGACAUGUGGAAAAAAAUUCAGUGUAAAAGGAAAUUUGUCUCAGCACUUAAGAACUCAUGUCGGUGAUAAGCCUUUUACCUGUAUGACUUGUGGAAAAAGUUUUAAUCGCAAAAGUAGUUUAACUGAUCACAUGAAAACUCACACAGGUGAGAAACCAUUUUCAUGUUUGACUUGUGGAAGAAAUUUCAGCAAUAGAGCAUAUUUGUAUCGGCACACAAAAAUCCAUAUAGGCAAGAAGCCUUUUCCUGUAUGACUUGUGGAAAAUGUUUUAAUCACAGAGCUCAUUUGACUAGUCAUAUAACACCCUGAGGUGACCAGAUACUGGUGUUAUAGAUGAUUUAUUCAAUUCUGGUGUACCAGACUUCUGAUACUCCCUAACAUAAGGGGUACUUCAGAACUGCCAGGUGGAAAGUCGGACAUCAUAGAUAAUCAUUAAGAGAUUUUAAUAUGACUUAUGUGCUCGUAAAAUAUUUAGAGUAGUUUCUCUUAUUAGUUUGGUGCUUAAACUUAAAGACAAUAUUGUUCUCUGGCUAAAAGAGGAUAAUUGUUUCUUUUGAACAUUAUAGAAUAAUUUUUUUGGUUUGUAUUUUAUCUGCUCUCUGUCCAGUUUUCUGUCUCUUAUCAGACACCAAUCUAGGCACAGCACUCUAUCCUACACAUGACACAAAUACUGAAUUUCUCUGCCACUCUAAAUGUCAUUGUAAUAGGUUUAAAACACAAAGCUGGAUUCUUUAGACCAGGGAUAUUCAACCCUGGUCCUGAGAACCCACUGUCCUCCUAGUUUUAGAUGUCUCUGUUCCUGCACACCUGAAUCAAAUGAUUGCAUCACCCAUUAAGGGCUGCAGAAGCCUGUUAAUCAGUUAUUUAGGUCAGGCGUGUGGAGGAAGAGAAACACCUAAAACAUGCAGAACUGUGGGUCCUGAGGAUCACGAUUGGAGACAUCUGUGUUAGACCAUCAAAAUGGGGGGAGUGGUGGCCUAGUUGCUAGAGCACAGAGCUUCGGUCCCAGAGGUUCUGAGUUCAACUCCCACAAGCUGCCAUUCUGUGUACCUGAGCAAGACCCUUA